AUGUUACAGCCUGCAGAAUGGCGUGCUCAUUAUCGUGCCCUCACAAGACUAGGACAUAAAGCUGUCGGUACCUCAGGUCAACUUUCACGCGCAUAUACUGCUGCUCUUCGUUCCCGAUUCGCAGACUCUUCUCGUACCAGAAUCCUCAUUUCUCAAAUACAACAACAACAGCAACAGCAGCAGCAGCAACAGCAGCAACAGCAGCAACAGCAGCAACAGCAGCAACAGCAGCAACAGCAGCAACAGCAGCAACAACAAUUAUCGUCAACUUCAGAUGCACCUUUGGAAUCCCUUAUUAGAGACCGCUUAGAGUCCACUCGUCGGUUUGUAGCCAAUGCCGCAGCCGGUGCUAUACAAGUACGCGUACAACGGAAAGAUCGUGAGGCACGUACAUUAGAAUCCCAGAUUUUGACUUUUGCAUUGGCAUCGCUUACAACUGCACCCACAUUACCCAAAGCUCAGCCAGAACCUCGCGCUGCUAAACCUCCAUUGGAAUUAGUACUUUUACAGAAUUUGUUGACAGUGGAUCGAGCGCUAAGUGAAUCGUUGGCGAAAAGCAAGUAUAAUCCGAAUCAAGUGCCAUCUACAAAUACAAAUUCAAAUUCAAAUACAAAUACAAAUUCAUACACAGAAAAAAAUAAGGAAAAUCGCUCGCGGGCCGGGAAAAAUUCCUACGUUAACCCGGGACCAUUACUGUUCAAAUCAGCGGUACACGAACUUAAUCAGUCCAUGGGCAUGUGGAUAUAA